GUGGGAACUCGCUGCUCGGAGGAGGUGAGCGGCGCGGACGUGGGUCCGGAGGCGCAGAGCGAGAGGAGCGCGGCGGAGCGAGGACGUCCGCACGAGCUGACGGAGGAGCGUUCACGAGACACCGGCCGCUCGUUCGAUCCACGGGGAUGCGCUUUUAGCCGCAUCCCGCCUCUACACCCAGGACUGGUCCGCGGAAUCGAGCGCGCGCGCACACGCGGAGUUGCCCCGAUUUACGACGAACUCCGGUGAUAUCGAUUAUUGCGAGAAUGGGACUGGACGCGUUUGUUGUGGAGACGCCGCGAGCCGCGGGGCCCGUGGGCUCCCUUCUUUGUGCCGCCGGGCUGUUUCUCGCUCUAUCAGUCUGCGAGGCGUUUAACUUGGACGUGGAUAACCCAGCUGUUUACAGCGGACCUAACGGGAGCUACUUUGGAUACGCUGUUGACUUUUACAUGGCUGAUUCUGCCAGCGCAAGCGUGGUGAUAGGAGCUCCCAAGGCCAACACCAGCCAGAUCAAUGUUAUGGAAGGAGGCUCUGUUUUCUACUGCCCGUGGAGCCUCGGCCAGGCAGACUGCCACGCCAUAGAGUUUGACACUGAAGGCGACCGCGUCAUCAUACUCAAUGACACAGAGCACCAGGGCGACUUCAAGUCCCGGCAGUGGUUCGGCGCCACUGUGCGUUCCCACGGCGACACAAUCCUGGCUUGUGCCCCUCUCUACUCCUGGCGGACUGGAAAAGACAUCCCCCAUUCAGAUGCUACAGGAACCUGCUACUUGUCGGUCCAAAACUUUACCAAAUUUGUGGAGUAUGCUCCCUGCCGCACAGAGUUUAGUGAAGCUGGGGGACAAGGAUACUGUCAGGGAGGAUUUAGUGCCGACUUCACAACGGAUGGUAAGGUGGUAUUGGGUGGACCAGGCAGUUACUUCUGGCAAGGUGAAGUCAUCUCUGCAGCUAAGGAGGAAAUCAUCAAGGCAUACUACCCAGGCUACUUCAUGCAGGCUGUGAUGGGUCAGGUCCAGACCAAACAGGUCAGGGUUGAACAUGACGACAGCUACCAAGGCUACUCUGUUGCCGUGGGAGAAUUCAGCGGCGAUCAGGUGGAGGAUUUUGUGGCUGGUGUUCCAAGAGGACUCAUGCUUUACGGUUUGGUGUCCAUUCUGAAUGGUACAGAUCUGAAGACCAUGAUUAAGUACACUGGCGAGCAGAUGGGAUCGUAUUUUGGCUACGCAGUGGCAACGACAGACAUCAACAGCGACGGGAUGACCGACCUCCUGGUGGGAGCUCCCAUGUUCAUGGCCAGGGGUUCCGAAAGCCGUUUGGAGGAAAUGGGCCGGGUCUAUAUUUACCUGCAGCGUGACCCAUUGAACCUGGAGCUCCACCUGCCUCACCUUACCGGCACCCAGGCCUAUGGGAGAUUUGGGAGCACCAUUGCUCCUUUGGGGGAUCUCAACCAAGAUGGAUUCAAUGACGUGGCUAUCAGCUGUCCAUUUGGAGGGGAGGACCAGCAAGGCUUGGUCUACAUCUAUAAUGGACACUCAGAGGGACUCAGGGAGAAGCCGUCUCAGGUGAUCAGUGGGCAGUGGGCUGCUGGAUCCAUUCCUGCCAGCUUUGGAUUUGCUCUUAGAGGCGCCACGGACCUGGACAUGAAUGGAUACCCAGAUCUCAUUGUCGGGGCUGUUGGUGUUAAUAAAGCAGUCCUCUACAGAUCCCGCCCCAUAGUCGACACCAGCGCCUCUCUGACUGUGUCCCCCCACAUGAUCAACCCCGAAGAGAAGAACUGCAUGAUCGCGAGUGGAAACAGCAGCAUUCCUGUUUCCUGCGUCAACCUGAGCUUCUGCAUUUCUGCUGAUGGCAAGCACCUACCAGACGUCCUGGACUUCCAGGUGGAGCUGCAGCUCGAUAGUCACAAGCACAAGCAGAAGAGCGCGGUGAAGAGGGCCCUGUUCUUGGAUUCCCAUCAGCCACUGCUGCAGAGGAGCGUGAAGGUGCGGCGCGGCAAGCGCGUGUGCAACCAGACGAAGAUCUACCUGAGGGGUGAAAAGGCCUUCAGGGAUAAACUGUCCCCCAUCUACGUUGCCUUGAACUUCAGCCUGGAUCCCAACGCUGCCGCCGACUCUCACGGCCUGAGGCCUGUCCUCAACUACCAGACCACCAGCGUCUAUGAGCAGAAGGCCCACAUUCUGUUGGAUUGCGGGGACGACAACAUCUGCGUUCCCGACCUGAAACUGGCAGUGCACGGGGACAGGAAGGAAGUGUACCUGGGCGACGACAACUCGCUGACCCUGACGUUCAACGCCAGGAACGAGGGUGAGGGAGGGGCGUACGAGGCCGAGCUGUACAUGGAGCUGCCCCCCGAGGCCGACUACAGCGGCAUCGCCCGCGAUAACGAGAGCCUGACCCAGCUGACCUGCAGCUACGAGACGGAGAACCAGACGCGCUACGUCAGCUGUGACUUGGGCAACCCCAUGAAGUCUGGCGCUAACCUGUGGGCAGGUCUGCGCUUCACAGUGCCUCGGUUGAAAGACACGCACAAGACUGUCCAGUUUGAGCUGCAGAUUCGCAGUAAAAAUGAGAACAAUUCCCACAGUGAGGUUGUGCCCUACAAGCUGGAGGUCGUUGUCCAGGCUGAUGUCAUUCUACAAGGCGUGUCCCGUCCCGAUAAGAUCUUCUUCCCGCCGGCCAACUGGAGGUCGACCAAAACCUAUGAGGUGGAACAGGACGUCGGGCCUGCAGUGGAACAUAUCUAUGAGCUGGUGAACAACGGGCCCAGUCGCAUCAGCCAGACUGUGCUGGAGCUCCGCUGCCCCCUCAGCGUCCAGGGCCACAGCCUGCUCUACCCCGUGGAGGUCUCCACCGAGGGGCCCGUCAACUGCACGGCCGACAAGAACAUGAACCACCUUCGCCUCAAACUGCAGCGCACGUCCACGGAACCUUCUAUUCUGGCACUGAAGGCCCCGGAGCAUCACGUGGAGAGGAGGGAGGUGCCCAGGAGUCAGGUCGCUCAUUUGACCAACCUGUCCUGCUCCAACGCAGAAUGCUGGACGCUCAUGUGCAGAGUGGGUCUUCUGGAGAAGGGGACCACCGCCAUCCUCAAAGUGCGCUCCCGUGUGUGGGCCGAGACCUUCAUGGAGAAAGCCUAUAAGCAGCACGUGCUGAAGUGCUUGGCCCGGUACAGUGUGGAGAAGAUGCCGUACGCCAUCCUGCCCAGAUACGCCCCCAGCGGACACAAGAAGGUGGUGACCCCGAUUGUGUGGAACAAGCCUGACAUUGAGAACUCUGUUCCUCUGUGGAUCAUCAUCUUGGCCAUUCUGGCCGGUUUGCUGCUUUUGGCUCUUCUCAUCUACGUCCUGUAUAAGCUUGGCUUCUUCAAGCGAUCUCUGCCUUACGGCACUGCCAUGGAGAAAGCUCAUCUAAAGCCGCAGGCGGCGUCCGAGGCCUAAAGCAACUACAGCAUCGGGCCACGCGAUUGCAACAGAGGAACACGACCGAGCGGAUCCGAAAACAGUUCUGGCGUUAGGCGAAAGAGAGACCACUGGAGCUCCAAUGUGCUGCACUAGAAGACAAAUCAACCAAAGAUCUCCAAGCCAAAUGAAUGUUGUUUUUUUAAGUUAUGUCUUGUUUGUAGGCAAGUUGGGAAUGAUAUCAAACAGAGGGAGAGAGAGAGGCUGCACUGACAGCAAAGACCCCCUGAACUACUUUAUCUUGGUGCUAACGACAUGAUGCGUUCACUGCCUCCGGCAGGAGACAGCCACAUGUAGCUUGUGGCAGCCGGGAGCUGUGGAUCACGCUGCCUGCUGAGCUCUGCAUCUGUUCUCCUCAUACGUCCUGUUUAUUGACCAGCUUCAGGUCAAAACAUUAACCUUGGCAAUGGCUAUAUUACAUAUUUAGAUGUAGAAAUCUGCUUAAUUUUACAUUUUUUUUAUAAGCCCUGACCGGGAUGGGGUGUGCCUCCCAUUGAUUUGUUGGAACACGCACCAGCAACCUCCAACCCACCACAGGACGAGCGCUUGGAAGCGCUGUGAUGGGUGUUUCUCACAUUGAUCUCUCUCUGCCUCAGGACGGUGGACAGCGCUGCGUUGAGUUGUUUUUGCACUCAGAGGAAAUCUACUGAUAUAUUUCCAAAGACACCCAUGACUGACUGACUGACUGACUGAGCUUCCUUUGACUUUUGACUCGACUCCCACUAAUCCCCUUGUUAAAUCCUGUCUGGUCUGGUCGGGCGUGACCAGUGCUGGCGUCACCGUGGACUGGGGUGGGACUGGGACCAUGACGGACCUCCAGUUUGUUUUGCUGUCUUUCCAACCUGCUCUGUCUGGGCUGAGCUCAUGCAGUAAACACACCAUCCACAAGCAGAUCAUUCUCUGGGGGGGUCGAGGCGUAACCAUGUGACAAUCAGCAAAGUUGUAGCCUUGACAGAUCACAGCAGGAUCUAAUGAAGGAUCCAUUUUUUUAGCUUACAGUGUGUGCUACUGUGAGAUACUGUACUUUUGAUUGUCUUCUGAGUUCUAACUGUUUUGUGUGGCUGAAAUCAUCCCGCUACCAAAAGGCUACAGGGACUAAAGUUUCAAAUGCUUUGGUGUUGACUUUUAUUGUAUUUGGUCAUUUACACAGAUUUAAUGUCCUUUAAAUGUAAAUACUUCACGUCUGAGGGUUUGUGUGUGUGUGUGUGUGUGCGCGCGCGUGCAUAUUUACAUACGUGACUUCAUGCGUAUGUGCAUGUAUGACUGGUGUAUUUAUGAAUGUUUGGGCCUAUUGUUACCUGCCUAGUCCUGUUUGUCCGUCACCUCUGCAGCAUCACAUUGGUGAGGUUACUCCGUCCUGUGAUACUAAUGAAGGGCUAAUAUUCAAACACUCAGUAUUCAGGACGACUUGUUGGAAAUACUUACCUCAGUGGACUCAAAGACGUACUGCAGGACGCCACGUACCUCUGACAGGACGACGGCUAGGCACCGGGAACUCCAUGAUGUUUGAAAGUGCAAUAUUUAUAUUCACUCUUUUUAAAUUUAAAAGUGCUUUCCUUUUGUUUUAUGUUGUUUUUGGCGUUUGACUUGUGAUCAAGCAGAACUCUGGUGACACAAAUAUGUGAUAAGCACAUCGACUAAAUGGUUUGUGAGGCUCUCGGCUCCCCGCUUUCACUCGCCUUCUCACUAAGUGUAAGUGUGAUGUGGUUUUUUUUUAGGAUUCUCCACUUCAGAUGCACUCACCACUUCAUUGCUGGAUAAUCGUCUCAGUCCCAUCAGAAUGUAUCUAAGUUGUGUAUGUCGACGUGGUUCGACAGUUUGUGUGUUCUGCUGUUGCACCUAUGCAAACACGACCAUGUUUCACACUUGUUUGACCUUUUACUCUUUUUCACGUAUCCCGUCUUGAUGGACUCGAUUUACUGUCAGAGCAUCCACAGAAUCCCCAGUUGAUCUAAAUAGUGUAACAUUACGACUUUUGUCAUCUUAUUUAUAAUGACUUUUUUUGAACUACUUCCUCCGUGGUCACAACAGGAGAAGGCACUGGGUUUUUUUUGAUUGUCUUUUUUUUUUUUACAUCUUAGCCCGGUUUCACUCUCCAGAACUUUUAAAAAGCAGUUGUACAUAUUUAUGACAAGGAGAGCAUUGAACUUUAAUGAUAACUAAAGAUUUGUUGUGACGUUUUCUCACCCCAUAUUGGGGGAGAACCUUUUUAUCAGGUGGGUCUUACAAUUUCAAUUUUUACCUGUACAGUACAGUUUGUACUUUUAAAUAAAGUAUUUCUCUUUUUACAAA